AUGGCACUUCUCGACAGCGUCCCGAGCAUCGCGAUUCUCGCCAUUUCGGCAGUAGUGCUAUACUUCGCAACUCAUGCCAUCUACAAUUUGUACUUCCACCCUCUGUGUCAACACCCGGGACCUAUUCCCAAUGCCAUCUCUCCUUUCCCUCGACUUUACUGGAACAUCGAAGGUCGUGAGCCUCAGACCGUACUCAAGCUUCAUCUCAAAUAUGGCAACAUUGUGCGCGUUGCUCCCAAUGAACUUUCUUUCAUCACACAGGCCUGGAAGGAUAUUUACGGGUUCAAGAGACCAGAGCUGAGCAAAGAUUGGACCAUGUAUGCGUUGUCUGAGAACACAAAACGAUCCAUCAUCUUGUCUGGUGCCGAUCACGGUAGACAGAGGAAAAUGCUGGCACCUGCUUUCAGUGAGAGAGCAUUGAAGUUGCAGCAGGGUAUGCUGACGACAUAUACUGGUAUGAUGGUUGAAAAACUGGAAGAGAGAAUGAAAGAGAACAAGAGUGUGGAUAUGGCCAAAGUUUUCAACUGCGUUACCUUCGACACGAUAGCUGAUCUCAUGUUCGGUGAACCUUUGGGUCUCUGCGAAAACAUGGAAUACUCGGACUGGCUAUCUCAACUUUUCGUCUCCAUCUGGUUGGCUGGUGCAUCUCGUGCUCUGCAAUACUUCCCUCUGCUCUUCCGCCUCGCUACCAUGAUGAUUCCCAAGCAUAUUCAAGAAACCAUCGACUCUUCUUACCAGAACACCGUCGACAAGGUUAACAAACGUCUUGCCAUGAAGACUGAACGUCCUGAUAUGCUGGGUCUCAUGCUCAAGCACAAGGAAGAGGGUGCAGAGAUGACCAUGGACGAGCUGUAUGCCAAUGCUGAUCUAUUGAUGAUCGCUGGUACCGAGACCACUGCAACCAGUUUAUCUGGACUGACAUGGUAUCUGCUAAACAACAAGCCCGUACUUGAGCGUUUGACCAAAGAGGUCAGAGAAGCAUUCAACAGUAUCGACGACAUCACCAUGGAUUCGCUACCAAGACUACCUUACCUCUCCGCCUGUCUAGAAGAAGGCAUGCGAAUGUUCCCUGCCGUAGCCGAAGGCAUCCGCCGCGUCACCCCCUCCACCGGCGCAACAAUCAGCGGUCAUUUCAUCCCACCAAAUGCAAGUCUCGUCAAAGUCAGCAUCCCCCACUACGCAGCCUACCACCACCCCACCAACUUCCACUCCCCCACCACCUUCGCCCCCGAACGCUGGCUCCUCUCUUCCCACCCCCUCUACAACCCCAUCUUCGCCUCCGACAAGAAGGAAAUCUUGCAACCCUUUUCCGUGGGUCCGAGAAAUUGUAUAGGCUUGACGUUGGCGUAUCAUGAGAUGAGAUUGAUCAUGGCGAAUUUGCUGUGGCAUUUCGAUGUCGAGUUGAGUGGGGAGUGUGAUGAGGGGUGGUUGGAUCAGAGUAGUCAUUUGGUUUGGGAUAAGAAGCCGUUGAUGGUUAAGAUUUUGGCUAGAGGUAGUGUUGCGUAG